AUGGGCUUUGCCAGACAGAUCAAGCUUCUGCUCUGGAAGAACUGGACCCUGCGGAAAAGGCAAAAGAUUCGCUUUGUGGUGGAACUCGUGUGGCCUUUAUCUUUAUUUCUGGUCUUGAUCUGGUUAAGGAAUGUCAACCCACUCUACAGCCAACAUGAAUGCCAUUUUCCCAACAAGGCGAUGCCCUCAGCAGGAAUGUUGCCAUGGCUCCAGGGAAUUUUCUGCAACGUGAACAAUCCUUGUUUUCAAAGUCCCACCCCGGGAGAAUCUCCUGGAAUUGUGUCAAACUAUAACAACUCCAUCUUGGCAAGGGUGUAUCGAGAUUUUCAAGAACUCCUCAUGGACACACCAGAGAGCCAGCACCUUGGUCAGGUUUGGACAGAACUCAGCACCUUGUCCCAACUCAUAAACACCCUCCGGACGCACCCUGAGAGGAUUGCAGGAAGAGGAAUACGAAUUCGGGACAUUCUAAAAGAUGAGGAAACACUGACACUGUUUCUCGUAAAGAACAUCGGCCUGUCUGACUCAGUUGUCUACCUUCUGGUCAACUCGCAAGUCCGUCCAGAGCAGUUUGCUCACGGAGUCCCAGACCUGGUGCUGAAGGACAUCGCCUGCAGUGAGGCCCUCCUGGAACGCUUCCUAAUCUUCCCCCAGCGCCGGGCGGCGCAGACCGUGCGGGACGCCUUGUGCUCCCUCUCCCAGGGCACCCUACAGUGGAUGGAAGACACCCUGUAUGCCAACGUGGACUUCUUCAAGCUCUUCCAUGUGCUUCCCAAACUCCUAGACAGCAGUUCUCAAGGUAUCAAUCUGAGAUCCUGGGGAAGAAUAUUAUCUGAUAUGUCGCCAAGAAUUCAAGAAUUUAUUCACCGGCCAAGUGUUCAAGACUUGCUGUGGGUGACCAGGCCACUCGUGCAGACUGGCGGUCCAGAGACCUUCUCGCAGCUGCUGGGCAUCCUCUCUGACCUCUUGUGUGGCUACCCUGAGGGAGGAGGCUCUCGGGUGUUCUCCUUCAACUGGUAUGAAGACAAUAACUAUAAGGCCUUCCUGGGGAUUGACUCCGCAAGGAAAGAUCCUAUCUAUUCUUAUGACCAAAAAACAACGACCUUUUGUAAUGCAUUGAUCCAGAGCUUGGAGUCAAACCCUCUAACCAAAAUAGCCUGGAGGGCAGCAAAGCCUUUGCUCAUGGGAAAAAUCCUCUUUACUCCAGAUUCCCCCGCAACACGCAGGUUACUGAAGAACGCCAACUCAACGUUUGAAGAGCUGGCGCGUGUAAGGAAGUUGGUCAAAGCCUGGGAAGAAGUAGGGCCCCAGAUCUGGUACUUCUUUGACAAGAGUACACAGAUGACCAUGAUCAGGGACACCCUGGAGAACCCAACAGUGAAAGCCUUUUGGAAUAGGCAGCUUGGUGAAGAAGGUAUUACUGCCGAAGCCAUACUGAACUUCCUCUAUAAGGGUCCUCGAGAGGGCCGGGCUGACAGCAUGGACAACUUGGACUGGAGGGAUCUAUUUAACAUCACUGAUGGCACCCUACGCCUGGCUAAUCAAUACCUGGAGUGCUUGAUCCUGGAUAAGUUUGAAAGCUAUGAUGAUGAAUUUCAACUCACCCAACGAGCCCUGUCUCUGCUGGAGGAAAACAGGUUCUGGGCUGGUGUGGUAUUUCCUGACAUGUAUCCCUGGACCAGCUCCCUGCCACCCCAUGUGAAGUACAAGAUCCGAAUGGACAUAGAUGUGGUGGAGAAAACCAAUAAGAUCAAAGACAGGUACUGGGAUUCUGGCCCCAGAGCUGAUCCAGUGGAAGACUUCCGAUAUAUCUGGGGAGGGUUUGCCUAUCUGCAGGACAUGAUUGAACAGGGGAUUACAAGGACGCAGGCCCAGGCUGAUGUGCCAGUUGGAAUCUAUCUCCAGCAGAUGCCUUACCCCUGCUUCGUGGAUGACUCUUUUAUGAUCAUCCUGAACCGCUGUUUCCCUAUCUUCAUGGUGCUGGCCUGGAUCUACUCUGUCUCCAUGACUGUAAAGAGCAUCGUCUUGGAGAAGGAACUGAGACUGAAGGAGACCUUGAAAAAUCAGGGUGUAUCCAACACAGUGAUUUGGUGUACCUGGUUCCUGGACAGCUUCUCUAUCAUGUCGAUGAGCAUCUGCCUCCUGACAGUAUUCAUCGUGCAUGGAAGGAUCCUACAUUACAGCAAUCCAUUCAUCCUCUUCCUGUUCCUGUUGGCUUUCUCCACUGCUACAAUCAUGCAGUGCUUCCUGCUCAGCACCUUCUUCUCCAAGGCCAGCCUGGCAGCAGCCUGUAGUGGUGUCAUCUACUUCACCCUCUACCUGCCACAUAUUCUGUGCUUUGCUUGGCAGGACCGAAUGACGGCCGACCUGAAGAUGGCUGUGAGCCUGCUAUCUCCUGUGGCAUUUGGGUUUGGCACUGAGUACCUGGCUCGCUUUGAAGAGCAAGGCCUGGGGCUGCAAUGGAGCAAUAUUGGGAAUAGUCCCAUGGAAGGGGAUGAAUUCAGUUUUCUGAUGUCCAUGAAAAUGAUGCUUCUUGAUGCUGCUCUCUAUGGCUUGCUUGCCUGGUAUCUUGACCAGGUGUUUCCAGGGGACUAUGGAACCCCACUUCCUUGGUACUUCCUUCUACAAGAGUCUUAUUGGCUAGGUGGUGAAGGGUGUUCAACCAGAGAAGAAAGGGCCUGGGAAAAGACAGAACCCAUAACAGAGGAAAUGGAGGACCCGGAACACCCGGAAGGAAUAAAUGACUGCUUCUUUGAACGUGAACUCCCAGGCUUGGUUCCUGGGGUAUGUGUGAAGAAUCUGGUAAAGCUUUUCGAGCCCCAUGGCAGGCCAGCCGUGGACCGUCUUAACAUCACCUUCUACGAAAACCAGAUCACUGCGUUCCUCGGUCACAACGGAGCAGGGAAAACCACAACCUUGUCCAUUAUGACGGGUCUCUUGCCACCAACAUCCGGGACUGUGCUCAUUGGGGGAAAGGACAUUGAAACCAGCCUGGAUGCUAUCCGACAGAGCCUUGGCAUGUGUCCACAGCACAACAUCCUGUUCCACCACCUCACAGUGGCUGAACACAUCCUGUUCUACGCGCAGCUGAAAGGAAGGUCCUGGGAGGAGGCCCAGCUGGAGAUGGAAGCCAUGCUGGAGGACACAGGCCUCCACCACAAGAGGAACGAAGAAGCUCAGGAUCUGUCAGGUGGCAUGCAGAGGAAGCUGUCAGUUGCCAUUGCCUUCGUGGGAGAUACCAAGGUGGUGGUUCUGGAUGAGCCCACCUCUGGGGUGGACCCCUACUCGAGGCGCUCAAUCUGGGACCUGCUCCUAAAGUAUCGCUCAGGCAGAACCAUCAUCAUGUCCACUCACCACAUGGACGAGGCCGACAUCCUAGGGGACCGCAUUGCCAUCAUAUCCCAGGGACGGCUCUACUGCUCCGGCACCCCCCUCUUCCUGAAGAACUGCUUUGGUACAGGCUUCUACUUAACCUUGGUGCGCAAGAUGAAGACCAUCCAGAGCAAAGGAAGAGGCUGCGAGGGGACCUGCAGCUGUGCAUCUAAGGGUUUCUCCAUCAGGUGUCCAGUCUGCGUCGAUGAGAUAACUCCAGAACAAGUCUUGGACGGGGAUGUGACUGAGCUGAUGGAUAUGGUUCACCACCAUGUUCCAGAGGCAAAGCUGGUGGAAUGCAUUGGUCAAGAAGUUAUCUUCCUUCUUCCAAAUAAGAAAUUCAAGCAGAGAGCAUACGCCAGCCUUUUCAGAGAGCUGGAGGAGACCCUGGCUGACCUGGGGCUCAGCAGUUUUGGAAUUUCUGACACUCCCCUGGAAGAGAUUUUUCUGAAGGUCACGGAGGAUUCUGAUUCAGGACGGCUGUUUGCUGGUGGCAUUCAACAGAAAAGAGAAGAUGUCAGCCUCCGACAUCCCUGUUUGGGUCCUGGUGAGAAGACCAGACAGACUCCACAGGGCUCUAACAGCCACCCCACGGAGCCUGCUGCUCACCUGGAGAGCCAGCCUUCCCCGGGGCGGGAGAGGCACAGCCGACUCAACACGGGAGCGCAGCUGGUCAUCCAGCACGUGCAGGCGCUGCUGGUCAAGCGAUUCCACCACACCGUCCGCAGCCGCAAGGACUUCCUGGCCCAGAUUGUGCUCCCGGCCACCUUUGUGUUUUUGGCUCUGAUGCUCUCCAUCAUCAUCCCUCCUUUUGGCGAAUAUCCUGCUUUAACUCUUCACCCCUGGAUGUAUGGGCAUCAGUACACCUUCUUCAGCAUGGACCAGCCAGACAGUGAGCAGCUCAUGGUACUUGCAGACGUCCUCGUGAAUAAGCCAGGCUUUGGCAACCGCUGCCUGAAGGAAGAGUGGCUUCCGGAGUUCCCCUGUGGCAAUUCAACCCCCUGGAAGACUCCAUCUGUGUCUCCGGACAUCACCCACCUGCUCCAGAAGCAGAAAUGGACAGCAGACCACCCCUCACCUUCCUGCAGAUGCAGCACCAGAGAGAAGCUCACCAUGCUCCCCGAGUGCCCUGAGGGCGCAGGGGGGCUCCCGCCCCUUCAGAGAACACAGCGCAGCACUGAAAUUCUUCAAGACCUUACAGACAGGAACAUCUCUGACUUCUUGGUAAAAACGUAUCCUGCUCUUAUACUAAGCAGUUUGAAGAGCAAGUACUGGGUCAAUGAACAGAGGUACGGAGGAAUUUCCAUCGGAGGAAAGCUUCCAGCUCCCCCCAUCACUGGAGAAGCACUUGUUGGAUUUUUAAGUGACCUUGGCCAGUUAAUGAAUGUAAGCGGGGGCCCUAUCACCAGAGAAGCCUCUGAAGAAAUGUCUGCUUUCCUUAAACAUCUAGAAACUGAAGACAACAUUAAGGUGUGGUUUAACAACAAAGGCUGGCAUGCCCUGGUCAGCUUUCUCAACGUGGCCCACAACGCCAUCCUACGGGCCAGCCUGCACGAGGACAGGAACCCUGAGGAAUAUGGCAUCACCGUCAUAAGCCAGCCCCUGAACCUGACCAAGGAGCAGCUCUCUGAGAUUACAGUGCUGACCACUUCGGUGGAUGCUGUGGUGGCCAUCUGUGUGAUUUUUGCCAUGUCUUUCGUCCCUGCCAGCUUUGUCCUUUACUUGAUCCAGGAGAGGGUGAACAAAGCCAAGCACCUCCAGUUUGUCAGUGGAGUGAGCCCCACCACCUACUGGCUGACCAACUUCCUCUGGGACAUCAUGAAUUACACUGUGAGCGCUGCACUGGUGGUGGGCAUCUUCAUCGGGUUCCAGAAGAAAGCCUACACGUCUUCAGACAACCUUCCAGCCCUGGUCGCACUGCUCAUGCUGUAUGGAUGGGCAGUUAUCCCCAUGAUGUACCCAGCAUCCUUCCUGUUUGAUGUCCCCAGCACAGCCUACGUGGCCUUGUCUUGUGCUAAUCUGUUCAUCGGCAUCAACAGCAGUGCCAUCACCUUCAUCUUGGAAUUAUUUGAGAACAACCGGACGCUGCUCAGGUUCAGUGCCAUGCUGAGGAAGCUGCUCAUUGUCUUCCCCCACUUCUGCCUGGGCCGGAGCCUCAUUGACCUGGCACUGAGCCAGGCUGUGACAGACGUCUAUGCCCGGUUUGGUGAGGAGCACUCUUCAAAUCCGUUCCAGUGGGACCUGAUUGGGAAGAACCUGGUUGCCAUGGCAGUAGAAGGGGUGGUGUACUUCCUCCUGACCCUCCUCAUCCAGUACCAAUUCUUCUUCAGCCGAUGGACUACUGAGCCCGCUAAGGAGCCCAUCAUAGAUGAAGAUGAUGAUGUGGCUGAAGAAAGACAAAGAAUUCUUAGUGGAGGAAAUAAAACUGAUAUCUUAAGGCUAAAUGAACUAACCAAGAUUUAUUCAGGCACCUCCAGCCCAGCGGUGGACAGGCUAUGUGUGGGAGUCCGCCCUGGAGAGUGCUUUGGCCUCCUGGGAGUGAAUGGAGCUGGCAAAACAACCACAUUCAAGAUGCUCACUGGGGACACCACAGUGACCUCAGGGGAUGCCACUGUCGCAGGCAAGAGUAUUUUAACCAAUAUUUCUGACAUCCAUCAAAGUAUGGGCUACUGUCCUCAGUUUGAUGCAAUCGAUGACCUGCUUACAGGGCGAGAACAUCUUUACCUUUAUGCCCGACUUCGAGGUAUACCAGCAGAGGAAAUCAAGAGGGUGACAAACUGGAGUCUUCAGAGCCUGGGCCUGUCUCUCUACGCAGACCGCCUGGCCGGCACCUACAGUGGAGGCAAUAAGCGGAAACUCUCCACAGCCAUUGCACUAAUAGGCUGCCCACCGUUGGUGCUACUGGACGAGCCCACCACAGGCAUGGACCCCCAGGCGCGCCGCAUGCUGUGGAACACCAUCACGAGCAUCCUCAGAGAAGGCAGAGCUGUGGUCCUCACUUCCCACAGCAUGGAGGAGUGCGAGGCCCUGUGUACCCGGCUGGCCAUCAUGGUGAAGGGCGCCUUUCAGUGUCUGGGCACCAUUCAGCACCUCAAGUACAAGUUUGGAGAUGGCUACAUCGUCACGAUGAAAAUCAAAUCCCCAAAGGAUGACUUGCUUCCCGACCUGAGCCCCGUGGUGCAGUUCUUCCAGGGGAACUUCCCAGGCAGCGUGCAGAGGGAGAGGCAUUACAACAUGCUGCAGGUCCAGGUCUCCUCCUCCUCCCUGGCCAGGAUCUUCCGGCUGCUCGUCUCCCACAGGGACAGCCUGCUCAUCGAGGAGUACUCGGUCACGCAGACCACGCUGGACCAGGUAUUUGUGAACUUUGCUAAACAGCAGACUGAAAUUUACGACCUCCCUUUGCACCCUCGAGCUGCUGGAGCCAGCCGACAGGCCAAGGAAGUGGACAAAGGCAAUUCUGCACCUCAAGGAUGACCUAAAUGAUGACUUCUGGGCUUUUAAGACACUGGAAAGGAACUCUGGGAGGCUGCAAGUGCAGGAGUGUUGCCAUAUGGUGGAUCAGUCGGACCAGCCAGCAUAAGGAACCCCUGGGCAGCAGAAACAAACACGUGUGAGGCACACAGCAAAUUCCAAACAGGGGCUCAUUCAGAAGGAAACCAGAACUGACUUGCUCACCUGGAACACCUGAUGGUGAAACCGGCCCAGCCAAAUGAGUUACAAAAUGCUUUUCAACUAAACCACAGAAGUAGAAAUCUCAGUCCAUCUUCCUAGUGGCUGUGGCCUCUACACUGCUCUCAUUUCAAGUGGAUCUGCUUUUUCUGUGUGUAUGUGUGUGUAUUUUAUCUUUAAGAAGAAAAUAAAAUGCA